AGUGUCUGUCAGGUUGGUGGGAGGAGUCAGCCGCUGUGCAGGAACACUGGAGGUGAAACAUCAGGGAGAGUGGAGACAAGUGUCUGACUUUAACUCUAUCUGGACCCUAAAGACAGCAGAUGUUGUCUGCAGAGAGUUGGGCUGUGGCUCUGCUGUUUCUGUAGGACAGAGAAAAAUGUCCUUGAUCAGAUCUGUGUGGAGGAUCUGGUCUGACUGUGUUCAGUCUGGAUCUACUCUGAGGGAGUGUGCAGCUUCAGUUUCCUCUUCCGACAUCCUGGAUCUCACCUGCUCAGACUCUGUCAGGCUGGUGAAUGGGACCAGUCUGUGCUCAGGCAGACUGGAGGUGAAGACUAACCAGUCUACCCAGAGGUGGUCCUCAGUGUGUGAGGCUGACUUUGACCAGCAGGAUGCAGAGGUGGUCUGUAGGGAGCUUGGCUGUGGAGCACCUUCAGUCCUCCAGGGGGCGCUCUAUGGAGAAGUGGAGGCUCCAAUAAGGACCAAAGAGUUCCAGUGUGGAGGCCAUGAGUCUGCUCUCCUGGACUGUAGAAACUCAGCCUCAGAUGGAAACGUCACCUGCUCACCUGGAAAAGCUGUUGGACUCACCUGCUCAGAACCAGUCAGGUUGGUGGGAGGACUCACUCGCUGUACAGGAUCACUGGAGGUGAAACAUCAGGGAGACUGGAGACCAGUGAUUGUCUCUGGCUGGACCGUAAAGGUAGCAGCUGUUGCAUGCAGAGAGCUGGGCUGUCCGUCUCCUGUUUCUGUAGGACCGAGGAAAGAGUCCUCAGUCCGAUCUGUUUGGAUGAUCAGCUCUGACUGUGUUGAGUCUGGAUCUACUCUGAGGGAGUGUGCGGAGUCAGAUUCCUAUUCCUCCAUCCUGAAUAUCAUCUGCUCAGAUCCGAGGCCUUUUAUCAUCAGAGCGGUUGUCCUGCUGCUGACUUUGCUGUUGGUGAACGCUGCUUUUUACUUCUACUAUAAGGCCAGCAGACGGCAGCAGACGGACACACAGGAGGGCAUUGAGCUACAUGAUUAUAACCUGGGAAAGAGGAAGGAGCUCAGGGAGCAGAGUAGCACCUCCAAAGAGCUCAUCUCACAUCCAGGUGGAUUUUAA